ACCGGCUACGUUAUAAUUGUGAUAAAGACAUGGAGUUUUUGUGGCUUUACGCCCUGUGCCAGUGCAUCCUAUCUGUAUCUUUAAUUGUGGUGAGUGUGAGGUUGUGCAUGGUGGUCAGUGGCAGCAGUACAGUGGCUGAUGUCCAGGAGGGAACCCAGGGGCCCAGGCCCCAACCCGGGAGUGUCUCAUACUGUCUUCGGCUGUGCCUGGGCUGGGUGGGUGCUGUAGCGGGUGCAGUCGGGGUCCCUGCGAGAGUGUUACUCAACCUGCGAACCCCACAGUGUCUGUACACAUGCAUAAUCUUGGUGUGUUGCCCCCUGCUGGCCAGGCAAUUUACCAUGUUCCUGUUAAUGAUGCUUACACUGGACAGCCACCUGCAGUAUCACUUGGCAGACAGAUACUCCUCAGUGAUGACCCGUCAACGAGCUCUCUGUGUGGUUCUGCUGUGCUGGGUGGGCUCGGUUCUGUCCUCUUUUGCCCAGUUCAUCGGCUCGGACAUCCUCGACACCUGGAGAAGAGGCAAGACUGGUUCGGCCACAGCUGGCCUCGGGCUGGACGGCAACUGGACCACCUCUUUACCCCAUCUUACCCCUUCCCCGCCGCCUAAGUACCACCAUGACCGCAAGGUCAUCGGACAGUACCUUCCAUACGGAGGCUUCCUGUCAAAGUUUUAUGUGGAAGACAUGCACAACUUCACCUACGCUGAGAUUCACAGCAGCCACUGGGGAGUGUGUGCCCCUGACAUCAUUUUCAGUCCCCAGUUCCUGGUCUAUGUCCAUGGGAUGACAGUGUUCAUGCUCCCCUUGCUUUGCCUGCUGGUCAUUUACCUUGACCUGCUAUGCAUCAGGCCCAGGAAGACUCCUUUCAGUCAUGCAGACCCCACUAAACAUGACUCCCUCAGGGUCCGUUCCCUGGCUCUGUCCCUCUCCCUUUUAGUUCUGCUGUGCCUGCCGCUCCACAUUAUCCAUGCCCUCUUGCUUUUCACCCCCAGUACCAAUCUUCCUGCCUGGACUCAUGCAGUUGCCACGUUACUCUCCCAGCUGUACAGCCUUGUGCCCCAGAUGCUCUUCACUCCUCCUCAGAAGCAGGUGGUGGAAGAACGGGCAUGCUUUCCUCCUUCUGUUGCCCACCUUCCACCUCCAGUGGCCCCAUCCAGAGGAAAAUCUGUCCGUUUGGCCCUGUGUGAGGCAGUGCAGGCAGCUCCAUGGUCUUCAGCUAAACACUCUCUUAAAUCCAAAGUGUGCCCAGAGGUCUGAAUUCCUGAGAAAAUCGAAGCUCUAUAGGCUGUUGUUUUCUACGUAAAAAUUUCUCAUCAUCUUCAAGCAGUUCAAUUAAAACAAUGUUCCUUCCAUGUUUUGUGUGUCUGAGAAAAAAGCUAGUGUUUGCAAUAAACAGCUUGUGGGCUGAAGAAUAAAUACAGCAUAUUCCUGUUUGUUGUUGGCCUGUUAACUAAUCAGCAACCUUAUGCACAGACGCUAUGAAUAACUUGCAAAUCAAAAGGCCAGUUAAUUAUCAGGUCCCACACCAAAUGUCAGUGAGAAAAUUAAGUCUCCAGAUGAUGACAACUAUCCUGAUCACAGAUGUCUGUUUUCUUUGACGGCUCUUCCUAUGGGUCUUGUUCUAAGCCCAUUCUAAGUCUCUGCUAAGCCAACCACCAGUAAUGUAGAUAAUAUGAGUGACAGCGUGA